UUUACCUUGAGUCAUAGUACUAGACUAAAAUCUAGACUUUGAUCUUAAAGCAAGAAAGUCACAUCACUAAACUAUAAAGUAGACCAAGGAACGCAGCACUCGAAACGAAAUGACGUAUAACAGAAAUAAAUUCGAUUAAAAUGAAAUGUUAACCCCUUGGGUAUUGGGUUGAAAGUUGAGUGUGUGUGUGGUGUUUUUAUGCUGUCCAAGAAUGCAUAAAGAGUGCAUUUUUUUCGUUAGAAAAAAGAUAAUAAUGCUGCGUUUUAAAUGGAAAUUUUAUAAGUUGACGCAGAGCGAGGCGGUUGUUUUUUCAUACGAAAGAGAUCCGAAGACAUCGUCGGAGUACGAAAAAAGUGUAAAUAAAAGAACCGCGAGCGAUCGCAUGUCCUCGUUGUGACGAUACGUCCGAAACUGGAAUUAAUGUUGAAAUACUUCAAUGAAAACAUAUCCCUAGCGCUGCAGGAGAGGUACAGGGACCUCCAUGAGUAUCGGAAGACGGAAGCGGUAGAGGAGGGCUCACCGAGGGAGGCUAAAGUACCAAAAAUAGCUGAGGAAGGCGAGCAGGUCGGCGGCGAGGGCGCGUUUGAGCCGAGCGCCGCGCCGCCGUUCCCUAGACUGCUGGAUCCUCCCAAGGAGGAGGAUAACUUCGUAGCGAGCUGGCUUCAGAACUCCUUCAAGAUGACAGCCGCCGAAGGAAACAACGAGGCUUCCGCUGGAGGCAGCGCGCUGGACCUCCGCGCUGCCCCUCUAUCUCUCCACAUACCAACGCUGCAGCAGGCGGCUGAGGCACAGAGGCAGUUCAAGAUGCAGGACUUCUGGAACAGAAGCCGGCCAGGCUCUCCCAGCCAGGACCAGCUGGGGGAGGGCCACAGCCAGCCAGGGCCGGCUCCUCCAACUCCUCAGCCACCAGCAACACCUGAUCACAAGAUUAUGACCGAGAAGCUGGUGAAUGAAAUCCAGCAGCAACAACAGUCACCAUCAGCCGACUCCACAAUGAGCGAGCGGUCCCUCGUACCAUUUGCGCUGGUAAAUUUACUAUCAACACUCAAUAAUAUCGAUCCACAACAGCAAUCACCAACUGGAGAAACACCGCUCGGGGAUCGCAACGCAAUGUUACCCUUCGCUCUGGUAAAUGUCCUGAAUAGCCUGAAUAUCGAUCAACAGGCGCGGUCAGGGCAGACUAUCAGUGAGAGAACUCUCGAGGAGUGCUGGUCGACACUUCAGCGAAUAUUCAUGCACAAAAACGCAAUGCAGAUGCAUGCACGAGAACUGCAACGAGGACUCGGAGGCGAAGUGAAACCUCAUCAAUGUCAGCAGUGCCUGAAGUCGUUUAGCUCUAAUCAUCAGCUGGUACAGCAUAUCAGGGUCCACACAGGAGAAAAGCCUUACAAAUGCUCCUAUUGUGACCGAAGGUUCAAACAACUGAGCCAUGUGCAACAACACACACGAUUACAUACAGGGGAACGCCCAUACAAAUGCCAUCUCCCUGACUGUGGCCGAGCCUUUAUCCAACUUUCAAACCUUCAACAACAUCUACGGAAUCAUGACGCUCAAGUGGAAAGAGCCAAAAAUAGACCUUUUCAUUGCAAUAUUUGUGGGAAAGGUUUUGCCACUGAAAGCAGUUUGAGAACCCACACGGCAAAGGAGCUUCAGCUGCACCUUGGUGUUUUGCAGCAACACGCGGCACUCAUGAUAGGUGGCGCUACAGCCACUCCGUGCCCAAUAUGCCACAAAGUAGUAUUUGGUGGCGAAGCUCUCGUAGAACAUAUGAAGAAUACACACAAGGACCCGAAUGCAUCCGGCGUUGCGAGCCCACCAGCUACGUCACCAUACCCAGCGCAAGCUAAACCUGUUGAUCCUUACAUAGCGAAGCGACGGACGGCGAACCACCCCUGCCCAGUCUGCGGCAAGCACUACGUGAAUGAGGGUUCCCUGCGGAAGCACCUGGCUUGCCACCCAGAAACCCAAUUGACCAGUGGACUCAGGAUGUGGCCUUGCUCUGUUUGUCAGGCUGUGUUUACACAUGAAAGUGGCCUCCUCUCCCACAUGGAACAUAUGAGAAUGGAACCGAAACAUCAGUUCGCUGCCCAAUACGUACUAUCUAGGGCAGCAGCGGAGAGACGAGAGAGGGACAUCAUCGCCGCCGUCUCGGCAUCAGCUGGAGGAUCAGGCUCUUGA